AUGGAAUCUCCUCGGUCUACUAUCUCUGAAACUCAACAUGUGACGUUAGGACCUCAAGUAAUACUAAAGAAAAAUUCGUUUCAAGGUCUUCUCCUUCCUAUGCUUCCACUUGAACAGCAGAAAGAUCUUAAUCAAGUCGUUCUCGAUGCUCUGACAAAGCAACCGCGAUUGCAAGGGUUUCAAAACUUUCCUCGAGCUUCUCGCGUUUAUUGUGCUGAUUGCAAUGGUCCUGACUCAAACCUAGUUGAAGAAUGUCAUGACCAGUCAUUAAAAGGAGUUGGAGAUCGAUUGUUGUAUUUAUUACAACGUUGGCAAGUGACGAAUGUGGUGUUGAUUGUAGCACAUAAGGAUUCAAGUCUCAGCGGCCGGUUGUUAGGUGGUCCCGACCUUUAUAAACUCACUACGAAAGCUGCUAAGCUUGUUUUAGAACAACACUACUCCAAUGCUGUAGAUACUGAGAAGACUAGAGAUAAAACAACAUUUCCAUUGAUGACAGAUCAACGUUUGCAGCAAAUAAUUCCAAGCUGCGUCAUGUCGAGUGACACAGUCCCGACAUGGCCGAAACAUCACCAAGCUACAACAGAUGGAGGCGGUCGGAAAGGAGGAAAACAAGGACGUAUUAAUCACUUUCGUCAUCGAGAAUUCAUGGCUGCAGCGCGAAAUCAAGAGGCAGAAAAUGUCGAUUGGAUGUCGAAUGAUGACAUUUCUAGUAUCAAAAGCUCUGGAAAUCUUGAAUGGAUGGGGGUCACUCGUGAAGAAUGGGAAACAUUACGAAAAAUUCGGAUGCCUGUUCAAGAGCUGCAUUAUCUAUACAUGUGUCUUGUUAUUCUUUUGGAUACACCUCCUGCACCGAGUGAUGUGCGUACGAAGAAACGUACCAUGAAGCAACAAGAGCAUUUCGAACCAUCUGACUAUUCGUGGACAUAUUGUCGCCAAGUGCUACAUCAAGUGCAAACUUGGAGUCAUCGUCUUCGAGGUGUACAGCGCAGUACAUUGACGCCUUUUCAAGUCACAGCUUUGCAUGGAAUCUUUCAAUACCCAUCAUUUACUGAAAAUGCUUUUGUUCGAAUUGCUAAAGGUGCAGGUCUGAAAAUCUACUCCUGGGUACAAAACCUACUUAAGGAAUGCACUGAUGAUGACCUGGGCUUAUUACGUCUUGACGUAGCACCUGAAGUGACAAUACAGACAUUAGCAUCACCUACUGUUGUCAAGCUAAAAAUUAACGAGAAAGAGCUGAAUAGCACGCAAAGUUUGAAAGAGAAGGCGUCAAUCGAGCUUCAAGGACUUCAAAAUGAAUCAAAGAGUCCGAAAGCACUUCGAAUCGUUGAUCCCGGUCGUCUUUUCGGUAAUAAUCACGCUUAA